CUAACAAGCUGCAUUCAGUUAAGAAUACUGAGGGUUUCACUUUCCAGUUUCAGUUUCUCUUUUGCAAAGUCCCACACCGAGGGGUGGGAGACAAGGGACAGGAAGCAGAUGCUCCCUUAAAUAGAGGUCUUCUGUUGCAGGCAGAGGAGAAGGGUUUCUCAGGAGCCUGGCAGCCUGAACAGCAGCGCUCCUGACAGCCGGGAAUUGCACCGUCAUCAUGAGUGAGAUCACUCAGAAGUCCUUGGAGAGUAAUCUACAGCAACUAAAGUGCCAUUUCACCUGGAACUUGCUAGAGGGAGAAAAUUCCUUAGAUGAUUUUGAGGACAGGGUGUUUAAUCAGUCUGAGUUUCAGAAUAGUGAAUUCAGAGCCACAAUGUGCAAUUUACAGGCGUACAUAAAGCACCACAGAGGCCAAAAUGAGGCAGCCUUGGCAUGCUUACGGCAAGCUGAAGAGUUCAUCCAGCAAGAUCACGCUGACCAAGCAGAACUCAGAAGCCUGGUUACCUGGGGAAACUUUGCCUGGGUCUACUAUCACAUGGGCCAGCUCUCGGAAGCUCAGACGUACAUAGACAAGGUAAAACAUGUCUGCGAGAAGUUUUCCAGUGCCUAUAGAAUUGAGAGUCCUGAGCUGGAUUGUGAGGAGGGGUGGACACGGUUGAAGUGUGGAAAAGAUCAAAUUCAAUGGGCGAAGGUGUGUUUCGAGAAGGCUCUGGAAAAGAACCCAAAGAGCCCAGAAUUCUCCUCUGGGCUGGCCAUCGUAAGCUAUCGUCUGGAUAACAUGACACUGUCUCAGAACCCCAUGGGACCUCUGAGGAAAGCCAUUGAGCUGAAUUGUGACAACCAGUAUGUGAAAGUCCUCCUGGCUCUGAAACUUCAGAAGAUGAAUUUAGAAGAAGGAGAAGGCGAGAGGUUAGUGGAAGAAGCCUUGGAGGGAGCCCCAGGGGCAACAGAUGUACUUUGCAGUGCAGCAAAGCUUUAUCGAAAUAAACGUGUUCUGGACAAAGCCAUAGAACUGCUUACAAAGGCUUUGGAGCACAUGCCAGACAACACCUACCUACAUUACCACAUUGCAUGCUGCUAUAGGUUAAAAAUCACCCAAGAACUGAAUAUGGUAGAGAAUAAAAUGUACAGGAGAAGAGAGAAGUUACUGGAACUGAUAGGACACGCUGUGGAUCAUUUCAAGAAAGCAGAGUCCAAUGGAAAUCUCUUCCGUGUUGCUUCCUACCUGGCCUGCCUCUAUGUCCUAGCAGAUCAGCACGAGGAAGCAGAACGUUAUUUCCAAAAAGCAUUCAGCCAAGAGCUUACUCCCGUAUCGAAACAACUGCUCCACCUGCGGUAUGGCAAUUUUCAGCUGUAUCAAAUGAAGUGUGAAGACAGAGCCAUCCACCAUUACAUGGAAGGUGUGAAAAUAAACAAGGACUCAAAGGAGAGAGAGAAGAUGAAAUACAAACUGAAAAAUAUUGCAGAAAAACGGCUUUCCAAAAAUGAGGCAGAUGCUGAGGCUUUGUGUAUCCUGGCAUUUCUCCAGAAGUUUAAUGGAGACAUGCAGCAGGCAGGUGAAGAUGCUGAGAAGGGCUUGGGGCCUGGAAACCAUCCUUCAGCAUCUUUAGAGGAGACAAGGAAUGAGGAAUAGCAAUAUGGUCCCCCUAGAGUUAGUGCUGGAAGGGAGCUGAAAUGCUUCAACUAACUUUAUAUGUCAAUAUGUUUAACAACUGGUGUUGCAUAACUGUGGACUAAGAAAAACAUCAUAGACUGGAUCAGGGCCAUAGGGGAAGUGUGCUGUGUGAGGGAUUAACACCUGAAUUGCUGGAUCAUGGAGAAUCCUAAAGAGUUCUGGGACAGGAACUAGAUUGGGGGGCAGGUCCAAAGACUUGGUAAAGGGAGUUUCCAGUUGACCUCUUAAAUACAGUUCUCACUGUGACAUUCUCUAGUUAUCUUCAGUGGAAUGAUGCCUUGGGCUUGUUUCUGUGUUAGUAUAAAGAAGCCAGCUCCCUCACAUUUGUGGUACUGGGGUCUAGUUUUACAAUAUUUUUCUAUCCUUUGGCAUCAUUUUAGAUCCUGAUCCUGCAUAGACAGUUAUCUAUCAAAAGACUGAGCAAGUCAGGUGUAGAUAGGGGUCAGUAUCCUCGCUUUCUCUCACACCUCUGCCUCUUUGUUCCUCCUUGUGGGCCAGUUUUCAAGAUAGAGAGGGUCCUACAAGUGAGAUCAGUUGUUCCAAUAAUUGAGGUGACAGCAUAGUUUGGAAAACUGAGAGCAGACAGCCAAGUGAGCUAGGAGAAGCAACUUGGCCAGACAGCCACAGUGUGAGAUAUUUGGGACACGUAGGGAGCUAUCACUUCCACUCUACCCUCUCUGUCAUUGAAAUACAGUCUGUGAAGAAGGAAAGGGGAUUCUGUACAAUAAUACAGACACCACAAUAAAACAGUUCUUUAAAACUUCUGUGGGAAAUAACAAUGUCCCCCCAGUAGAGAUAAGAAAGGGUAAGCAAAAGAGAGAAAGAAAAAGGAAUGUUCGCUUAUCUGUGUAGAUUGUAAUUUGGAGACAUUUCCACUUUUUGAGCUACUGUUCAGAAUUUUUUUGUAAGAAAAAGACUUGGCUUGUUUAAAAAUGCUACCAUUUAUUUGCAGCAAAAUGGACUCAAAUGGAAGACUUCAUGUUGAGUGAAAUAAGCUAGACCCAGAAAGACAAAUACUGCAUGUUCUCCCCUACAUGUAGGAUCUAAAAUUAAAAAAAAGAGAGAGGAAAGAAAGAAAAAAAGUUUGUGCAUAUCAGUGUUUCUGCAAAUAUAGUUUUGUAAAACUUUGUAACUUUGUGAAACCAAUGGUUAAGAAUGUUAUACUACUGUAUUUUGAUGAUCUGUGACUACUUUAAAAUUCACUGUAAAUGGAUGGAAUGGUCAUUUUCCCAUUCAAUUAUUGUUUAUGGCCAUUGUCUAUAUUCCACUAAACUAGGGUCUUUUUGCUUUUUACUUGUUAAACUUCUUAUUUGGUGAAGUAUUAAACCUUUUUACUGUAAUGUAUAUUUAAAAUGUAUCUCAAAAAAUAAAAAAUAAGAAAAAGAAAGGGAGAAAGAAGGAGGGUGGGAGGGAGAGAGGGGGAUGGAGGAAGAUAGUAUCAAUGUGUUCUUGGAACUGUAUCUACAAAUAUUAUUGAAUCUGGUAAAAAUGAAUUAAAAACUAAAAUAAAGUUAAAAAAGAAAAAAUCCCAGAUUAGAAAAAUGCUUUGAGAUCCUAUACAAGCAGUUAAAUGGGAGAAUGACUUGGUGAUUAAAGGCCUAGAGGAAAGUCUUAGAAAAUGACAGUGAUAAUGGCAGAGGGGGGUGGAGGUGCUCCCAUUAGGAAUGUUGUGUGGUGGGUGAUAUAAACACUUCUUUUAAUUCUGAAAAUCUUUGGGAAAAAUAACAAAAUUCAUAAUAUGCUUGAGGUGAUUGACAUUUUACAGGAAGACACGGCAUGAACUAGAUGUCAAUGUUGGUGUGUACCAAAAUGAUCAGCUGAUCCAGCUUGGGAUCAUCCACUAUCCUCUCCAUUGAGAAAUGUUUGAUAGUCGGAAUUAGAUUAAAUUUUUCAUUUAUAAACAUUUUUUUGUUAAGCAAGUAAGACAUCUAUACCAUUCAACAUUUUUUAAGUAAAAAGCCCAUAUUUUCUGUAUUACAAAUAGUAUGGCAUAAAUACAAUUUGUAUUCCUGAAUGCAGUCAUGGAUUUAAUGAAUAAAUAACUUUGAUGUGAUGAAGUAUAAAGCAGUGUUCUUAUUUAUAUGUAGCUACUGAUAUAUAUACAGUGUAUAUAUAUAUAUAUAUAUAUAUAUACAGCAGCUGAUAUGUUAUUGUAAGUGGGAAUUGCCUCCAAAUAACUUAGACUAAUCAAACAUUGUAACCACUGAAUUUAAUAAAAACAAACUGUGCAGCCUUGA